CACACCCAGCUCGGUCUUUGGCUGGUAGACAGACUGGAAGCCCAGAGGAGAGCUAGAGCUGUGCCCUAAUAACUCUGCUGCUAAAUAUAGUCAAAGCAGUGACUUGGUUUCUUCAGCGGCCCAGUGCUGACCUCCCGCCCGUGCCAGGCCCUGAGCGUGGCACUGUGCGGUUCGCCAAAGCUAAAGUAGCAUGGAUCUGCCCGUGGAUGAAUGGAAAUCAUACCUACUUCAGAAAUGGUGUUUGCUGCCAACAUCCAUUCAGAUCACAAUUUCUACAGCAAAGACUGUGAAUGAUAUCUUUCUUCACUCUUCUUCGCUCCUUCAACCUGAGGAUGAGAUGUUUUUAAAAAGACUUUCUAGAGGUUACUUGGUGAGAAAGGACCCUGACGCUCCCCUUUUCUACAGAGAAGAAGGGAACAAAAAAUUUCAGGAGAAGGAUUAUGCAGGAGCCGCAGUGCUGUACUCUAAGGGAGUAGCACAUUCAAUGCCUAACACGGAGGACAUUUCACUGUGUUAUGCUAAUCGCUCUGCAGCUCUCUUCCACCUGGAUCAGUACGAAACAUGUCUUAAAGACAUCACCAGAGCACAGAUGCAUGGGUAUCCAGAAAGAUUGAGACCCAAGAUGAUGUUGCGUAAGGUGGAAUGUCUGGUGACCUUAGGAAGACUACAGGAGGCAAGCCAGACCAUCAGUGAUCUUGAAAGUAACUUAGCUGCCAAACCAACCCUAGCAGCUGCCCCCUUUCAUAUUCUGCAGAGAAACCUUCGUCAUCUGAAAAGAAAAGUACAAGAAAAGGAGAAUCUCACAGAAACCUUCCCAGCAGCUCUAGCCAACGCCUUUGAGGAUAUGGAACUGAGGGAAGAGAAUGAGCAAAUUUCCAGUGCAUCAUCAUCUGUCAGCUUACGCACAGACCCUUUAAAAGGCCGCUAUCUGAUUGCCACAAAAGAUAUUCUCCCAGGAGAGCUCCUGGUGAAGGAGGAUGCUUUUGUGAGUGUCCUUAACCCAGGAGAAAUGCCACCACUGAAUCACGGCCUAGAGAGCAAGUGGGAUCUCAAAGUUACCAAUGGGGACCUCUACUGUCACCAAUGUUUGAAGCCCACUUUGGCCACAGUUCCUUGUGAUGGAUGCAGCUAUGCCAAGUAUUGCAGCCAAGAGUGUAUGCAGCAGGCCUGGGAGCGCUACCAUAGCACAGAGUGUUCUCUAGGAGGACUACUUCUCACCCUGGGUGUCUUUUGCCACAUUGCUCUGAGGUUGAUUCUUUUAGCUAGAUUUGAGGAUGUUGACAAAGUCAUAAGGAACCUUCAUGAGGAGAUUAGUGACAAGGACAUCUGUUUACCUGAAGGCAAGAAUCUGGUCAAGACAGUUAAUUAUGGCCUGGGGGAGAGUGAAGAAAAUGGCAAAAUAGUUGAGACCCCAAUUCCUGGAUGUGAUAUUAAUGGAAAGUAUAAAAAUGAUUAUAAUGCUGUCUUCAAACUUUUGCCCCAUACUGAAAAUCAUAGCCCAGAACACAAAUUCCUCUGUGCUCUAAGUGUUUCUGCACUAUGCAGGCAGCUAGAAGCAGCCAGUUUACAAGCCCUCACAACAGAUCUGAAGUCCUCUAAGCUGAAAGCAGUGACUCCUGAGUUGUGUCCAGAUGUGAACAUCUGGGGAGUGGCCAUGCUGCGGCAUAUGUUACAGCUGCAGUGUAAUGCACAGGCAAUAACUACCAUACAGCAGACAGGAUCUAAAGAGAACAUCAUUACUGAUAGCAGACAGGUACGCCUUGCCACAGGCAUCUUCCCCGUCGUCAGCCUCUUAAACCACUCCUGCAACCCCAACACCACUGUGUCCUUCAUUAGCACUGUUGCCACCGUUCGGGCAUCACAGCCCAUUGGAAAAGGGCAGGAGAUUCUCCACUGCUAUGGGCCUCACAUGAACCGUAUGGGUGUUGCUGAACGGCAACAGAAGCUGAGGUCUCAGUAUUUCUUUGACUGCAACUGUUCAGUUUGUCAAACUGAAGAGCACAGAACAGCUGCAGGUCCCAGGUGGGAAGCAUUCUGUUGUAACCAUUGCAGAGCACUCAUGCAGGGAGGUGAUGUGCUGAGCUGUGGCAGCAGGUCUUGUACAGAAUUCAUCAGCAGAGAUCACCUAGUCUCUCGGUUACGGGACCUUCAACAGCAGGUUGGGAUGGCCCGGAAGCUUCUCAGAAAUGGUAAUCUAGUGCAAGCCAUUCAGCGGUUGUUGGAGUGCCAGAGUGAUGCCCAGAGCUUCUUGUCGGCAGAACAUUCUGUGGCAGGAGAUAUCGAGGAUGGCCUGGCCCAGGCCUAUGCUGCCUUAGGGGACUGGCAAAAGUCAGCCACCCAUCUGCAGAAGAGUCUCCGAGUGGUUGAGCUUCGCCACGGGCCAUCCAGUGUUGAAAUGGGCCAUGAGCUUUUCAAACUGGCUCAAAUCUUUUUCAAUGGGUUUGCAAUACCCGAAGCUCUGAACACUAUACAAAAAGCAGAGAAGGUCCUGCUGGUGCACUAUGGCCCUUGGAAUGACGAGAUCCAGGAGCUCCAAAAGAUGAAGUCCUGUUUAUUGGACUUGCCACCCGUCCCUGUGGGGCCUUCAGUGUAGGGUCCUAAGGGGACUUUGAUGCUCAGGAAAUGAGCCCAUGGAAAAUGAAUUAAAGGGGUUCUGUUGCUGCUGAGCUAUUGUCAGGAAAGACAGGACUUGCCCAAUAGUCCCAAGCCUAGGUGUGAAGUGCGGGGAAGACUUGAAAAGCAUUGCAGCCAGAGAGAUGCUCACCUAUCUUGAUGAAUUUUCCUGGAAAUAGUUAAUGCCCUCCAAUAAAAAUUCCCAGUUCCCAGAAAAGACUUAAAACUAGUAUCUGGAGAAUCUAAGUCCUUUAGAAGUAUUUUAGCUGAUCUGCAGGCAUCUGGAUGUUAUCCUGGGGUUUUGGAUAGAUUCCACCUCACUAAAUGAUGAUAGUCUGUUUCCUUGGAACAUUCCUACAGUUUCUAGUAGUAAUGAGAUGUUAUGCACCACUCCAGUGGGAACUUAAACUGUUAGUAGUUGUAUUGUAAUUGAAAAAUAAUUACAAAGCAAGAAAUCAGUGAGACUCCUUACCUCCUGAGACACAUGAUUCCACUUACGCUAUCUAGCUUCCUCGAAUCCUUUGUUAAAACUGGUGGAGUAUAAAUUGUAAUUAGAAAAAUAAAUAUGGAGCCAUUUUAUUGUUGGGCAGUUCCUUCCUGGGAUGCCAACUCUAAAUUUGUUUUCUACCAGUUUUCCAAUCCUUACUCUUUGGCUUUCAUUCUAUACUCUUGGCAGACUCACUGACCAAACACUAAUAAAAUCAAUCUUAUACUAAUAACUUUA